AUCAAAUCAACCAAAACAAAACAUUACCGCGAAAUAAGGAACCAGCUAUUCAGUUUCACUUCACUUCCCUGUCUUGUCUUUUUUCCAUUUCCAACACUUUUGAAAGUUUCAUAAUUUCCUCAACCAAACAAAACCAACACAUGGAUACUUAAUUUCCCUUUUAAAGCUCUUUCCUUUAUUGUUUUUUAUUACCACCCUUUUUACAGUUGAACAUUUUUCACCAUAUUAAAAGGGUUGUAAGAUCUUGUUUUGUUUUUGUAUUGUGGUGGAGAAUUCACAUACCCUUUGAAGUUUUUGAUGAAAUUGUGGAAUAAAGUUUGAACUUUUAGCAAGUUUUUGUGAAGUUGUGGAAGAAAGUUUGAAUUUUUUGCUGUGGGUUGUUUUGAUUUUUGAAUUGUGAGUGUUGGAAUGGAAGCUAGGGUGAAAAAGUAUAGGCAGCAAUUGAGUCCUGAGAGGUCCAAAGUAUGGAAGGAAAAGCCUCCAAAGUAUUACAAGAAUAGGAAGGUUCCUGUUGUUUACUAUCUUUGCAGGAAUAGACAGCUUGAACAUCCUCAUUUCAUGGAGGUUCCUAUUUCAUCACCUGAUGGUUUGUUCUUGAGAGAUGUGAUUCAUAAACUUGAUGCUUUGAGAGGUAGGGGCAUGGCUGACUUGUAUUCAUGGUCUUGCAAGAGAAGCUACAAGAAUGGAUAUGUGUGGCAUGACCUUAGUGAAGAUGAUCUAAUUCUACCUGCACAUGGUAAUGAGUAUGUCCUCAAAGGCUCCGAGCUGUUUUGCGAAUCAAAUUCAGACCGUUUUAGUCCAAUUAGCAAUGUGAAACUACAGAGCCUAAAGCGGUUGCCAGAACCAGUUUCAUGUCGGAGCCAUGACGAGGUUUCAUCUUCUUCUUCAAGCAUGAAUGAAAGAGAGGGUAGAAACUCUCAAGAAGAUGAGAUUUCACCAAGACAACAUACCGGUUCCUCUGAUAUUUCUCCAGAGUCUAGUGAUGGAAAGAGCGACUCUCAAAGUUUACCAUUGACAGAAUACAAAAUCUACAAAACCGAUCGAUUGGCUGAUGCUUCGACUCAAACCGAAGAAUGUGCUGCCAAACAUCAAAGUCAAACACAUAAAACUUGUACUAGAGGUGUAUCAACCGAGGAUAGAUCAUCAGAAUCUGAAUGUAAUGACAUAUGUGAAACUCAAGCGGGACACGUGAAAGACGGUUCAGAAAUCUGUAGUGAUGUUGUUUCUCCGCCUUUCUCGAAUUCGAGCCCAUCGUCUUCUGGAGGGAAGACCGAAACUUUGGAAUCCCUUAUUAGAGCUGAUGCAAGCAGAAUGAACAGCUUUAGGAUCCUAGAAGAGCAGGGUAUUCAAAUGCAAGCUAGUACAAGAUUGAAGGCCUCAAAUUUGCUGAUGCAAUUGAUCUCGUGCGGGUCUAUAUCGGUGAAAAACCAUAGUCUUGACCUUAUUCCUUCCUAUAAGGCUAGAUUUUCACAUUCUAAAUUCCCCUCCCCAUUGUUCUCAAGUUCUGUUAUGUUGGGGGAAUUAGACUGCAUAGGAGGGAAUCCGAAGGUGACGAGCCUUAGGAUGGACGACAAAGAGUAUUUUAGUGGGAGCUUAGUCGAGUCUAAAAUGGCAAUGGAAGAUGGACAUAAUGUUCUCAAACGCUCUUCUUCUUUCAAUGCGGAGAGAACCAGUGCACAAACGUAUAGGACAAGUAAGGAGUUGAAAUCACAAAACAUGGUGGAAUCAUCCUCGGGAAACUCAAAAUGCAAUUCACGGUCGGUUAUGACUUCUUCAACGACCAAAUCGCCACCAAGUGAAUUCAGUAGAUCUCCUAUUUCUGAUGGAUCAAGAAGCUCUCGAGAUAGAACUAAUGACUCAGGCAUAAGGCAAAAACAAUCUACGAGGCUAGACUCAUUUAGAGACGAGAAGGUGGUCCAAAUCGAAGAAAGGCUUGCUUCGGGAGCUCGGGUUAUAAUCCAAUCUAAACCAUCUCCCAGCACAACACCUUAUUAUAGCUCUUAAAAAUUAAUGUUUCAUUUCAGAGUUUUUUUUGCUUUUGGUGAAAUGCAACAUGUGGUGUGUAUUUGUGUAUGUGUGUGUAUGCAUAUGUGUGUAGGUUCACGUGAUAUAUUCUAUAUUCUAUAAUCUACCAAGUGAAAAAUGUUGUGACAUAGACAUAGUCACUGCAAAAGGGACUAAAGUGAAGGUGUGGUCCUAAUGGUCCACUACUCUUUUUGUAAAAAUCUUGUGUGCUUGUUAUAGGCACUGCCAACUGAAAUCAAGUGAUUGCACACAAUCUUUUUGUAACUACAGAUACUAUAUACUUUUGAAUCUGCUGUUUUGUUUGUUUCAAA